AUGGUUUGGUUUGGACCGAAUAAUCCAUGUAAACUUUCCAUCCCGAUUGGUAAAAGGCACGAAGAGAAGAUUCUUACCACUGCUUUGGGAAAAGGACCUUUUAAUAGUCUGACUAGUUCCAGCCACCCCAAACAUUUUAGAGAAGGGAAGGAAGGGAAUAACGUUUCAAAAGUGAUGGCUUCUAAGCUAUUUUCUUCUCACAGAGCAUUUGUUCUAGGUUUUCCCACAGGAGAAAAAUUGAAGAAGGAUGCAAGGUCUGAAAGUGAUCCAGUCAACAGGUACUUUGUCCAGCAAAUGGCUAUUCAAAACCAUCGAGCAGCGUUAACUCUAGAACCAACUGCUACCUCGAAAGAUCCUUUACUUAUUUGCACAGGAAUUUCAGUUGACUUCCAGAAUUUCACACCUGUAUUUUUGCGUUUUAUGUCCAAAAUCAAUCAUCCCAUUAAUUAUUGA